UGCAGAUCACUUCAGCAGCAACAGGAAACCGGCCAAUCAGCAAGCAGCUAGGAAUGAGCAUAUGCUGCCAAGGGUAAGAGGCAGUUGAUGAAAGUCCCGUCUGCAGAAAACAAGCACUCAGAAAACACAGGAAAAGGGUUCAGUGUUUUCCCUCAUCUGAUCUUACUGGGAUACUUAUAGCUAGUCAAGUCUUAUAGAUGAAGGGUGUACAGGGAGAUGAUACUGAGGAUGAUGAUCUGAAUGUCUGGAAUGCCUCAGCGGUUAUUCUGGACAUUGACCAAGGGUCAUGGGCAGACCGGUCCCCUCUACAUGAGGCUGCAUCCCAGGGUCGCCUCCUGACUGUCAGGAAACUUAUCUCUCAGGGCUGUAACGUGAAUGUGCUCACCAUCGACCACGUGAGUCCUUUACACGAGGCCAGCCUUAGUGAUCAUGUUGCCUGCGCCAAAGCUCUUAUUGAGGCAGGCGCCAAUGUCAAUGUGACCAGCAUUGAUGGCGUGACACCACUGUACAAUGCCUGCUCAUCAGACAGCGUGAGGUGUGCUGAGGCACUGCUGGAAAACGGCGCCAAAUUCCAAGUUGGUUUGUUCCAACCUUCACCGAUUCAUGUAGCGGCCAGUAAAGGCUGUCAUGCAACUUUAGAGGCGCUUAUAGCUUGGGGUGCUGAUGUUGACUAUAACAUUCCUCACAUGGGAACCCCGCUGUACAUCGCUUGCAUCUGCAAAGAGUUCCAGUGUGCCAGAAUACUGCUAAACGGAGGGGCAAAUGUGCACAAAGGUAGAUUUCUCGAGACUCCUUUACACGCUGCUGCUCAGGAAGAUUGCACCGAAAUCGUGAAAGAAUUGCUGGCGUUUGGGGCCGACGUAAAUGCAAAGAACCACGAGAUGAAGAGGCCAGUGGAGGUGGCUCCCCCAAGCAGUUUAGCUGAAGGUUUCCUCCUGCUUUAUGAAGCUGUGCCACGCCCCCUGAGUCAGCUCUGCCGCCUCAGCAUCAGAGACUGCAUGGGACGCUCCAGGCUCUCGCUCAUUCCUCAGCUCCACCUCCCCAGCAUCCUGAAGAAAUUCUUACAGUAUCAAUAGAAAGUCCGGCAUUUCCUGCUGUUGACACGGAUACACCUAAUCAUAUGCAGGCUGUGUGUGCUUUCUUAGAAGAAUUCAGUAAUGCUCAAAUGUAUUAUUUGAUAUUUGCUGUAAUGUGGAAAAAUUCUAAUAAAAACAGGUUUAUUUGUGUGAUAAA